CCUUACACCCCCCAAAUUCAUGCCUAUAUAACCACCUAUGCAUUUCACAUCUGAUGACUCUCUCUCUCUCUCUCUCAAAAGAUAGAAAUAGAAACUAAGAGAGAGCGGAAAGCUUUUGGAGUGAAUUCUAUGGUUUCCAUUCAAGCCCCUCUCUCCCCGGACAUGAGAAAGACAACCCCGGAUCAGUUAGAAAAUUCAUCAAAGAAGAGAAAGCUGGAUGAGCCACAAGGUGAUGAAGAAACUUUCGAGAAGCGAUCAAAAGCAGCAAGCACAAAAUCAGUGUUUGAUAUGGAGCUCCACCUCGAGACUCCAUUGCCUUUGGAGUGGCAAAGAUGUCUUGAUAUUCAGUCAGGGCAGAUACACUUUUACAAUACAAGGACCCAUACGAGAACUUGUAAGGAUCCGAGGAGAAGCCCUGAGCCCCCAAGCCCCCGUCACAUGAGCUUAGACCUUGAGCUAAACCUACCAUGCGAUUCAGUAAGAAAAACUAAUGCAACAGAUCAUCACCAAUUCGACAAGCACAACUCUGUUAGCCCCAGGAGCGAUUCAGUUGAUAAGAAGAUCAACUCAACAGGAGGAUUAACGACGCAGAGCCUUUCAUGGUUGGCAGUCGAGGAGGAUGAUCAGAAACAGCAAGAGAUGGUAGCCACGGUGUGCAUGCGGUGCCACAUGUUGGUGAUGCUAUGCAAGUCAGCACCUGCAUGCCCUAACUGCAAAUUCAUGCACCCACCAGACCAGGGCCCUCCAAAACUAUUCAAGCAAAGGCUUAGUCUCUUGUGCUAGCUAGUAAGGAUCAAAGAUCAUCAAGUUUUAAGUUCAGGAUAGCAUAUCAUCUCCAACCAACGUGCGUUAAAUUUGUAUUUCUGCAUCUUGAAAAGCUAAAUAGUAUUGUCUAGAGGUUUUAGCUGAUA